AUGGAUUCAUUAAAAUUUGCAAAAACAGUGGUGUUUGUUAUUUGGUGUUUGGUGGGGGUUUCGAAUGGAGAAGUUCAUAAGGUAGGGGAUAUUGCUGGGUGGACCACUAUCGGCCAUGUCGACUACACCGAAUGGGCUCGAAACAGAACCUUUCGACUCGGUGAUCAAAUUGUUUUUGAGUACAACCCGGACUUCCACAACGUGAUGCAAGUGACGCAUGCCGAGUACCGAGCGUGCAACGCGUCGUCUCCCAUCAGCACAUUCACCACGGGCAACGACACAAUCACUAUAAAUAACCCGGGCCACCAUUUCUACGUGUGUGGCGUGACCGGUCACUGCCAGAGUGGACAAAAGGUCGACAUAAAUGUCCCCAUUAAUGCUGCUGUUACCACUGCUCCUCCUCCAUCCGCCGUGUCAUCUCCGGUCCCUUCGAUUACGAAUUCGAGCAGUUUCGCAGCUCGUCAAGUAAAUGCGACCGUUCGUAAGCUUUUCGGGUGGGCGGCGCUGCAGCUGCUGCUCGCAUUUUGUUUCCGUGGUUAA